CAGCGUGGAGGUACCAAAAGAGUGAACUCAUUCUUUCUUUGUGUGCUACUGUAUUGAUAGCAGAGAGGAAUAAGGAGAGAAGUGAGUAAAUAUAAAGCCGGGAUAAGUUUUUCCAUUUGAAUUCCUUUACACAAGUUAGAGAGUCUCUCCCUCUUUGCUAGCAAUUCAGGGCAGUAGCCAAAUGGCUCGAGUUCAGGUGAACCAGAGAAGCUUGGCUAUCAUGGCAUGGGUGGUCUUUCUGGUUCUUGUCAUGAUGAGCAACGUGGGGAAUGCAGAGAGAUUAUUGAAAGACAAAAGGAACCAACCAGUUUUCAAAGACAAUGAAAAUGAAAACACACGAGGAUUGCUAGUUAGAGUUGCCAACUUCCUCUGGCAGGGUGGGAAAUCUUCUUAUGAACCAGUCUGGCCGGAGUUGGAGUUUGGUUGGAAAAUAGUUGUAGGAUCAAUUGUUGGAUUCCUUGGUGCAGCGUUGGGCAGUGUUGGUGGGGUUGGAGGUGGUGGAAUUUUUGUUCCCAUGCUCACUCUCAUAAUUGGUUUCGACCCCAAGUCUUCCACUGCCAUUUCCAAGUGUAUGAUCAUGGGUGCAGCUGGGUCAACGGUAUACUAUAACCUGAGACUUAGGCACCCAACAUUGGAGAUGCCCCUCAUAGAUUAUGACUUGGCGUUGCUCUUUCAGCCCAUGCUUAUGCUUGGAAUCAGCAUUGGAGUUGCCCUCAAUGUCAUGUUCGCUGAUUGGAUGGUGACAGUUCUGCUUAUCAUCCUCUUCAUUGGUACAUCAACUAAAGCCUUGUUCAAAGGUAUAGAUACAUGGAAGAAAGAGACAAUGAUGAAAAAGGAAGCAGCCAAGUUGGAAUCAGAGUCCAAACCAGCUGAUGGAGCAGCACAAGAUUAUAAACCGCUACCUAGUGGCCCGGGCACCCUGCCAGAUGAUGAUGUUCCUCUGCUACGAAACAUUUACUGGAAAGAAUUAUCACUGCUCAUGUAUGUGUGGAUCGGUUUUCUUAUUGUCCAGAUUGUAAAGGAAUAUGUUCCAACUUGCUCAGUCGUGUAUUGGAUUGUGAACUCCUUGCAGAUACCGAUUGCUGCCUCAGUGACACUCUUUGAAGCCAUAUGCUUAUACAAAGGGACCAGGGUGAUUGCAUCCAAGGGAAAGGAAGUCACAAAUUGGAAGAUAUAUCAGAUUCUUCUUUACUGCUCCUGUGGCAUAAUAGCUGGUAUGGUUGGUGGGCUGCUAGGACUGGGAGGUGGCUUCAUCUUGGGUCCUCUAUUCCUUGAACUAGGAAUUCCUCCUCAGGUAGCAAGUGCAACAUCAACGUUUGCUAUGGUAUUUUCCUCCUCAAUGUCAGUUGUACAAUAUUAUCUUCUCAACCGUUUUCCAGUCCCAUAUGCUGCUUAUUUCGUUCUAGUAGCAACAGUAGCUGCCUUUACUGGCCAGCAUGUAGUCAGAAAGAUAAUUGCAGUCCUCGGAAGAGCAUCGAUAAUCAUUUUCAUAUUAGCUUUGACAAUCUUUAUCAGCGCAAUAAGUUUAGGUGGAGUUGGCAUUGCUGAUAUGGUUGAAAAGCUGGAGAAUGAAGAGUAUAUGGGAUUUGAGAAUCUUUGCAAGCUGUCCUGAGUUCUUUUGUUUUUUCGCUCUAUUACAGGAGGAAUUUCUCACCAGGGAGCAACUCCAUCAAACACUGCAGUGAACUUCAGCACUCCACAGUCAAACUAUUUUUCAAUUAUUUUCACUUAAAAGAUUUAGGUUUUUAUAUGUUGCUGGAUACUCAUUUCUUGUCCGGUGUAUGCAAGAACUUCCCCAACCGAGCUUCUUUACGUGUUUCUUUUUCUUUUGCCCCUCUCCCUGGCAUCUUAUUUUCCUUUGGUUCCAAGUUAAAUACAAACUGUGCCUGCCAUAAACUGUCUACCACAUUCUAUUUGACAAUUAUGUAAGAAACCUUUGGCUAAAUAACAUAAGAUGUCAGUGCUUUGAAUCUUCUGACGAGCUUUAA